AUGGUUGAACAUGAAAAUAUCAUGACAUCUUUAAAAAUAGGUGAGCUUGCUUCAUAUGUAUCACAUGGAAUUGAUACUUAUAACAUUAGAAACGAUGUUGGUGUUUGUGGCGGUAUAUGCCCCUUCAAUUUCCCAACAAUGAUUCCCUUGUGGAUGUUUCCAGUUGUUGUUACUUGUGGCAACACUUUCGUUCUAAAGCCAUCAGAAAAAGAUCCACGGGCUUCUAUAGUGCUUUUAGAACUUUCAAUGGAAUCUAGUUUACCAAAUGGUGUUUUGAAUAUUGUUCAUGGUACCAAUGGUGCGGAGGUUCUGUUGUGAACAAAUUUUGUAUGUCACUUGGUUUGCCAGUGGCUUCCACUAUGAAUUGCACCGACGACACUGGUGCCAAGAACCUAUACAUCUGAGAGAUGUGCACUCCCAAGGGAGCAGGUCGACAUUUUGUUGGUGAAAAUUUUCAAAAUAUUAUGCAGAUUGAAGGUUAGAGAAGCCUUUUUAGGGGCAAUGUCGUUCGUGUUGCUCCCAACAAAGCCAUUGAGGUUCAAAUUUUCUUUUUCUGUUUGAUCUUCAUAUGGUUUAGAAAUCAUAAUAAAAAGAAAUAAAAU